AUGCACAGUGACACCAUCUGCAGCAAGAUGAUGCUGCAGGUCUUUGGAGGUGCGUUCCAGCAUUAUGCUGCCAUCAGCGACCUGACGCUGCCUAAAGCCCUGCAGUUGGAGCUGAAGGGAGACAUCGAGGAUUGCCUCAUCGACAUCGUGAAAUGCGCCUGGAACACACCGGCUUUCUUUGCUGAGAAACUCAAUCGGGCCAUGAAGGGCCACGGUACGAGGGAUCACACUCUGAUCCGGAUCCUGGUGAGCCGCUCCAAGGUCGACCUGCAGAAGGUCGUAGAGGAGUACCGGGCAAUGUUUGACAGAACCCUCCAUGAGGACAUCGUGAACGACACCAAAGGACAUUAUCAGAAAGUCCUGCUGGCUUUGUGCGGACCGUACUGAAAACCUGAAGACCUGAAAACCUGAAGACCUGAAAACCUGAAAACCUGAAGACCUGAAGACCUCAAGACCUGAUAACCUGAAAACCUGAAGACCUGAAAACCUGAAGACCUGAAGACCUGAAGACCUGAUAACCUGAAAACCGGAAAACCUGAAGACCUGAAAACCUGAAAACCUGAAGACCUGAAAACCUGAAGACCUGAAAACCUGAAGACCUGAAAACCUGAAAACCUGAAGACCUGAAGACCUGAAAACCAGAAAACCUGAAGACCUGAAGACCUGAAAACCUGAAGACCUGAAAACCUGAAGACCUGAAAACCAGAAAACCUGAAGACCUGA